AUGGAACAAAUCUCGGACGAGAAGCAGAAGAAUGAUAAACAAUACGAGCCACAAACGAUAUACUCCCAUACUCAAGGCUCGGACUCGUACGCCCAGGUCGAGAUCUUGGUCAAUGAUUCAGGCCUCCUCGCAAAAAGCUAUGGUGAGCCCGGCAUCCAUGCUUUCCUCAAGUCCACUACAGUACUCUUGUGCUCCUGGGCAGCAGCUAUGUGUGGGUUUCUGUACGGAUACGACCAAGGCCUGAUCAACGUUACGCUCAGCAUCCCGCGUUUCCUGGAGGCAUUCCCCAUGGUUGACACCACCGCAGACUCUCACGCAGGUUUCUACAAGGGCCUGGUCACGGCCAUAUUUGAGCUUGGUGCAGUCAUUGGCGCAUUGCAGGCGGCGAUUUUCUCCGACAAGAUCUCCCGACGCUAUACCAUCAUCAUAGCCGUUGCUUGGUACCUUGUUGGCAGUGUUCUCCAGGCUGUUGCACGAGACUAUACCAUGCUUGUAUUCGGCUGCCUUGUCGGCGGUAUUGGUGUCGGUGCCGCUUCGAUGAUCGCACCUCUUUACAUCAAUGAGAUUGCACCUCCACACAUUCGAGGAGCGCUAUACACCCUUCAGCAAUGGAUGCUCAUUCUUGGCAUUGUUGCCGCCUUCUACACGACAUACGGUGCUCGCUACAUUGCCGGAGACUGGUCCUGGCGAACAGCGUUCGUUGCCCAGAUCUUGCCGGCCUUCGUGCUUCUCUCCGUCGUGUACGUUCUGCCUUUCUCGCCGAGAUGGUUGGGCUUGGUUGGCCGUGACACCGAAUGUCUGGCUACACUUGCGAAGCUUCGCAAAUUGCCCACGGAGGAUACAAGAGUGCAAGCUGAAUGGAUCAUCAUUCGCGCGGAAGCGAUUCUGCAAGCGCGCCUCAGCGGGGUCAGUAGUCGAGGGGGCAGCAAAAGCUUCAGGCAGCAUGUUAUAUGCGAAUACCGGAGGUGGGCUCGAUGUGCGGAGAAGCGCUACAUCAAACGUAUAUGGCUGGGCGUAGUCAUCAACCUCUUCCAGCAGUGGGUCGGCGUCAACGGCUUCACUUACUACUCCACUACUCUCUUUGCGCAGCUCGGAUACGGAUACGAACAACGUCUGACGCUUUCCGGACUCCUUUGCGUAUGCCAACUGGUCGGCUCGACGGUACCGAUAUUCAUCAUUGAUCGUGUGGGCAGACGUCCGCUCCUGCUGGUUGGCACCUUCUUCCUCAUAUCCUGCCAUGUCAUCAACGCAACCGUGGUGGGCGUAAGCUCUGACGACUAAGUGCCAAGGCGGGCACGGCGUUUAUGUUCGUCUUCAUGUUCUUCUUCGAGAUCUCUUGGGGGCCAAUUGCCUGGGGUUUGCCCGCUGAGAUACUACCAUCGGCAGUGAGAGCCGAGGGUGCUGCUCUCAGCACAGCGUCAAAUUGGCUCAACAACUUCGUGGUUGGACUGAUUGUCCCUGCAAUCGUUCAACAGGCCCCGUAUGCCUCGUUUGCGCUGUUCGCCUGCACAGCUUUCUGUGCCACGAUCUGGGUGUUCCUGUUUGUGCCUGAGACCAAAGGCAAGACCAUUGAGGAGCUGAGUGGCACCUUCGGAGACGGAGCAAGCGAGGAAGAAACUGCGAUGUACAGCGUGAUUCUGAGCCAGGUGCUCGGAGCUGGCGUGGCAAUGGACCUUCACUUGGGCGAGCCGUAA